AUACCCAGUAAAGAGACUGCAGGAUCAUAAGGCCAGUCUUUCCAUAUGGGGAUGGGGAAGCCUUGGCGUUGUCCUUUUCCUAGUCACUUUUGGACCUUUUGUAAUAUUUUAUUUUGCAUUUUAUAUCCUCUGCUUUGUGGGUGGAGGUUUUGUGGUUAUUCUCCUGUUUGGAAAAACAAAUUCAGAGAAGUACCUAGAGCAGUGUGAGCACUCAUUUCUUCCUUCAACAUCAACUGGGGUUCCUAAGUGUUUAGAAGAAAUGAGACGAGAAGCCAGGACAAUUAAGAUUGAUAGAAGAUUGACAGGUGCCAACAUAAUCGAUGAACCACUCCAGCAAGUUAUCCAGUUUUCCUUGAGGGAUUAUGUCCAGUAUUGGUAUUAUACAUUAAGUGAUGAUGAAUCUUUUCUUCUUGAAAUUAGGCAGACUCUUCAAAAUGCACUCAUUCAGUUUGCUACUAGGUCAAAAGAAAUAGACUGGCAACCUUAUUUUACUACACGCAUUGUAGAUGAUUUUGGCACACAUCUGCGAGUAUUCAGAAAAGCUCAACAGAAAAUAACAGAGAAAGAUGAUCAAGUAAAAGGUACAGCAGAAGAUCUUGUAGAAACCUUCUUUGAAGUUGAAGUUGAAAUGGAGAAGGAAAUUUGCCGUGAUCUAGUCUGCACUUCUCCCAAAGAUGAAGAAGGAUUCCUCAGGGAUUUGUGUGAGGUCUUACUAUAUUUAUUGCUACCUCCUGGAGAUUUCCAGAACAAGAUCAUGCGAUAUUUUGUCAGGGAAAUCCUUGCACGAGGAAUUCUUCUUCCAUUAAUAAACCAACUCAGUGAUCCUGAUUAUAUUAAUCAGUAUGUCAUAUGGAUGAUCCGUGAUUCUAAUUGCAACUAUGAGGCCUUUAUGAAUAUUAUUAAAUUGAGUGACAAUAUUGGAGAAUUAGAAGCAGUCAGAGAUAAGGCAGCAGAAGAAUUACAGUAUCUUAGAUCUCUAGAUACAGCUGGAGAUGAUAUCAACACUAUAAAAAAUCAAAUAAAUAGCCUGUUAUUUGUAAAGAAAGUAUGUGACUCAAGAAUACAGCGGUUGCAAUCAGGCAAAGAAAUAAAUACUGUGAAACUGGCAGCCAACUUUGGGAAACUUUGCACAGUCCCCCUGGACAGCAUUCUUGUAGACAAUGUUGCUCUACAAUUUUUUAUGGAUUACAUGCAGCAAACUGGAAGUCAAGCACAUCUCUUCUUCUGGCUGACCGUGGAAGGAUACCGGGUCACAGCCCAGCAGCAGCUAGAGGUUUUAUUAAGUCGUCAGAAAGAUGGAAAACAUCAAACCAACCAAACCAAAGGUCUUUUAAGAGCAGCUGCUUUUGGAAUUUAUGAGCAGUAUUUAUCAGAAAAGGCAUCUCCACGGGUUACUGUUGAUGACUAUUUAGUAGCAAAAUUAGCAGAUACUUUGAAUCAUGAAGAUCCAACCCCUGAAAUAUUUGAUGACAUUCAAAGGAAGGUAUAUGAGCUGAUGCUGCGGGAUGAAAGAUUUUAUCCUUCGUUCAGACAGAAUGCACUGUAUGUGCGCAUGCUCGCAGAGCUGGAUAUGUUAAAAGAUCCAAGUUUCAGAGGAUCAGAUGAUGGUGAUGGAGAAUCUUUUAAUGGGUCUCCUACAGGAAGCAUAAAUUUGUCUUUGGAUGAUCUCUCAAAUGUAUCUUCUGAUGACUCAGUACAACUGCAUGCCUAUAUUUCAGACACUGUAUAUGCUGACUAUGACCCAUAUGCUGUGGCAGGCGUUUGUAAUGAUCAUGGCAAGACCUAUGCAUUAUAUGCCAUCACUGUACACCGGCGGAAUCUGCACAGUGAGGAGAUGUGGAAAACCUACCGCCGUUACAGUGACUUCCACGACUUCCACAUGAGAAUCACUGAACAGUUUGAAAGUCUGUCAAAUAUAUUGAAGCUUCCUGGUAAAAAGACGUUUAAUAAUAUGGAUAGAGAUUUUUUAGAAAAGAGGAAAAAAGAUCUAAAUGCAUAUUUGCAGUUACUGUUAACUCCUGAAAUGAUGAAAGCAAGCCCCGCUUUGGCUCACUAUGUAUGUGAUUUCCUGGAGAACAAAGCCUACAGUAAAGGGAAAGGCGAUUUUGCUCGCAAGAUGGACACUUUUGUAAACCCGCUUCGCAAUUCCAUGAGGAAUGUUUCCAACGCAGUUAAAUCCCUUCCUGAUAGCUUGGCAGAGGGAAUGACUAAAAUGUCAGACAACAUGGGCAAAAUGUCAGAAAGAUUAGGUCAAGACAUAAAGCAAUCAUUUUUCAAGGUACCUCCUUUAAUUCCUAAGACUGAUUCAGAUCCUGAACAUUGUCGAGUCUCAGCUCAGCUCGAUGAUAAUGUGGAUGACAAUAUUCCACUCAGAGUAAUGCUGCUUCUCAUGGAUGAAGUGUUUGACUUGAAAGAGAGAAAUCAGUGGUUGCGAAGGAAUAUCAAAAACCUACUUCAGCAGCUUAUUAGAGCAACGUACGGUGAUACUAUUAACAGAAAAAUUGUUGACUAUGUUGACUGGAUGACCUCCCCAGAGCAAGUAGCCGACUCAGUGAAACGUUUCAGAGAUGCAUUUUGGCCAAAUGGUAUUUUAGCAGAGACUGUUCCAUGCAGAGAUAAAUCUAUACGAAUGAGAACAAGAAUUGCUGGAAAAACGAAAUUAUUUGCAAUUAUGCCAGAUGAACUAAAGCACAUUAUUGGGGCUGAGACAACAAGGAAAGGCAUUCUUCGUGUUUUUGAAAUGUUUCAGCACAACCAGUUAAAUAGGAGAAUGGUUUAUGUCUUCUUGGAAGGCUUUUUGGAAACCUUAUUUCCACAAUAUAAAUUUCGGGAACUUUUCAACAAACUGCAUUCACGGUCAAAGCAGAUGCAGAAAUAUAAACAGAAACUUCAACCGACUCAAGCGCCUUCUAUUCAGAAAAGGUGACACUCCAAUCUGUGAAGCUGGUGUUCAUUUUCUUCAGGACUAAUGGUAUGGACACGUCCUCUGGGGCUUAACUCAUAUACUGCUGUAUCUGCACCAGUCUGUAGUGUCUCAAAGUAGAUGAGUAAUACAGCCAUUAAGACUGUGGUUCUUCUCAUCCCGUUUGUAAUCCAGCCACUACCAAGAGAGGUUCCCGGGUCUUAAAUGAUUUGGUGCAUCGUUGUGCAACACAGAGUAUACUGCCCCUUGUCUCAAGCCAGAAAGAUGUCUGUUUCUUCCGUUUCAAACUAAUCUGCGUUCUCCAGCAGUGACGAAGUGCCAGAGUGUAUAUAUGAGAAUAAAGGAAAGCACAAAACCAUGGGUUUCGGAUAAAUCAACUAAUUUGUUUAACAGUGGGCAUCUGUGCAAUGUAUGAUUUGAGGGAUUUGCUUUGCAUACUGAUUUUGUAGGUUAAUGUCAGCAUUUUGAUAAAGUAUAGAUUCGUCAGGUGAAUGAUCUAUGGAACAACUGUUUCAAGUCUAGGGAAAGUGACAGAAUGCCCUUAAAAUAUGAAGUAAGUUUAUACUAAAUGGCAGUUUGUGACGUAAAGCAGUGUAAAAUAAAACCAAUUAAAAUCAGAAUUUGAUUGGAUUUGUUGUUCAGCGAUAGCAAACACUUUUAACUGAUUCUUGUGUGCUUAAAGGGCUCCAGUUUGCUCUUAGGUACUCGGUCGUAAAUUUGCUUUGGAUUUUCUGUGUGCAGAAAGAAGCAUGUGAGGGCUUUAUUUUAGUUCCAAAAUUACUACACUUUUAUCUUUAGUAGAUUACUGAUUAUGCAGGAAAGAGUGUAAUUCUUUGGAAGAACUGCCAAAUCAUUCUGUCCUUCUAAAAAUGUGGAAAUGAUAAAAACAGUACCCUAUUGAAGUUACCAUAUGCUAAUUUUAAAUUGUGUGAUCUAGACAUACCUUAAGUAAUUAAAAACAUAGCAAAUCAAAGGAUUAAAUGAAUUUAUUAGUCAUAUGAAAAUAUACAAAUUCCUAAUUCUAUUACAUUGUACAUAUAUGAAAAUAAUGAAAACAGAAUUAUAAUAUUUUUAAAAUAUGCUUUUAUUUAUAUUAUGCAUAAUGUAAAAUUCUAAAUAAAGGCAAAACUCUUCUGUGUAUCCGUUUAAGUCCCUAAUUUUAUGCCAACAACAAAAACAAAUACCGUUUCAAAUUUUGGAGCCUCUAAAUUUCAUAUAGUUUUCUCAUUUCCAUUUUGCCCAUCCCACAAGUCUGCACAUCCCUUGUGUGCAGGAUUUCUGCAUAGUUUUAAAUGUUUCCAUUGAUUAAGGGUUUGGAUGUGUCCACUAUGUUGUUGUUUCAGAAAUGUUUAACACUAAAACCUUAAAAUAGUGAAGCUACAUAUCAGACCACUGAGCCAAGAUCCAGGUAUUAAAAGCAAGUCUAGGUGCUGAAGAUAGAGGGUGGAGUUUUGGUAUCCCAGUGGAUCGGGAGCUUGAAGAUUGGAACAAGAUAACACAGUCUAGUUUUCACCUAGAUCCGACCUACAAACUGAAGCCUAUAACAGACUAAAACCUACCUUUAAAGCUUUAUAACAGUCAUCAUAUUUAUUAGUAAUGCUGUUGUGGGUACUUAGAGUAUGCACAAGUUCAGCAUAUAUUGCAUGUAUUCAAAAAUAAGUACAUGAAAUCCCCUUCAUUGCAAUUUGCAAGUGAGAAAAGAUCUUUAGUGACUCUGGUGGAAGAAAUCGUGUUUCUUCUUCCCAGUGUGUCUCCCCACGCACACCCCUUUCCCAUACCUCAGGCGGAGUUGUGAAACAAGCCUGUCGGAAGCAUCAGCAUGGCCAUAAAUGCAAUGUAUCUGAUGUCCCCCUGCCCAUUUCAAGUGUCUUUUUGCCAUGAGUAAAUCUAGCAGUGUACAGAAGACUUCGUGUAAGAGCCUGCCCUGUACACAUGAAACCUGUUCCUCUGUCAUGUGAGGAACGCUGGGUGUCAACCGGGGAAGAGAGGUUAUGCAAGAUUGACGUUUUCAAGACAGAACCCUGCAAGGUAACUGCAGUCAUACCAAAAAAUCAUUUGAUUAGAUGAGUUUUUAAAAAAUAUGUUUUGUUUAAAGGAGUUUAUAUUUCAAAAGCAGAAUAUCCAAUAGUAGUUUAUGUAAAUGGUGGUGAAUCUCCUCUGUGCACGUCUGUGCUUUCACAUCAGAGAGAGUGGUGGUCGUGCUAACAUCAGAGAGACUUUUGGAUGACUUGGUUAAGCUGUGUGUAAAAUAUUUAACCCAUAAGUCAAGUACAGUGUACAAUGUUUAAUAAAGCUAUUAUAUUUAAUGCACUUACUGUGUAUAUUAAUACAUACAUGAAGAGGCUUUGUGUCUUCUGAUAUUUGAUUUCUGAAUGGGUUUUUAAGUCAGUGGUGCCUUUAGGCAAGAACUUUCAAAAGUAAUCAUUCUUUGGGUUUUCUAAUUUUUCAGGUAAUGGAUAUUUGGGAAUCAUCACUCUAACUUACAGUUCAUUCACCUGCAAAAUAGAUUGUAUAAUUAACUAUAGCACGUAGGUGGACAUUUCCUACAAUUAGGAUGUUCUGAAUAGUUGCUGAAAACAAUUGUGCCAUUGACCAAUGGAUGCACUUGGUUAGCCUUAAUUUUUUUUUUAAAAAACAUAAAAAAACUUUCUUGACUAUUUCAGUUGACUCAUUUUACGUUUGUGCUGCUGGUGUUUGGGGUGGGGAAUGACUCAAACAGUUAAGUGCUACCAGAACUUGUACCAAUUUUUUAAAAACUAACUAAAUUUCACAAUCUAUCAUUUUAAUUUUGUGCAAUAUUUUCACUUAAUGCAUGUGUAUUGAGUAAUUGUAAAAUAAAUGGAUUUUUUAAUGUUUUGAGAUCUAGUUUAAACUGUCUUCUUAACCCAACAACAUACAUUCCGUUGUUGCUGCAUCCUUUUAUUUAAGGACUUGUUUUAAAAGUCUCUUUGUCACUCCUUGUAGAGUUAUUUUGUUAUUAAUAAAUUUUGCUUUUAGGAGCAUGACUCCUGUAUUUCAAGGGAAAACGAGAAAGAGCACAUCUUAGGACUCUAAUUGUUGAAAUAAUAACUUGUGCAUAGCGUUGUACACUAAGCGUCAACUGUGUGCCUAAUUGUUCUGUCAACACUGUCCUUCCUUAAAAAAAAGAAACAACAAUCAGAAUGUUAGUUAUUUUUAUUGAACUAAAAACAAAGGAUUAAGCAUUUUAUUUGGUUUGUGUUAUGUUCUGUCCAUUAGGAAAUACUAAUAAAGUAUUAAGAAAUA